UUAGAAGAGUUCAAUCUAUACGUAUAAAUUCAAUAUUUUUUUCAAAAAAAAAUUUAUACUUAUCAGUUUAUAAUAAUCAAAAAAAAAUGGAAAAGUUUAAGUUAGCAUCAAGAUAUGAAUCUGGUCAACACAACAUUUGGAUUGAAUACAAUAAUUUGGCUAUGAUUACUAAGCCUUUGAAUUUAGGUCAAGGAUUUCCAGAUUAUGAACCACCAUCAAAGUUUUCUAAAUUUUUGGCUGAAGUGGCCUUGGAAAAGAAUUUAUAUUUUCAUCAAUACACCCGUGGAUUGGGUCAUGUACGCUUGGUGAAUGCAUUGUCCAAACUUUAUUCAAAUUUAAUUGACCGAAAAAUUGAUCCACUAAAUGAAAUAUUAAUAACAGUUGGAGCAUAUGAAGCACUUUUUUGUAGUAUACAGAGUAAUAUAGAGGUGGGAGAUGAAGCAAUUAUUAUUGAACCAUUUUUUGAUUGCUAUGAACCAUUAGUACGUAUCGCUGGAGGAAUUCCCAGAUUCAUAGCUUUAAAAAACACCAAGCCUAACAGUUCAGUAUCACAUGCGAGUGAUUGGAAGCUCGACCCUGAAGAAUUAGCGUCAUUAUUCAACUCUAAAACUAAACUUAUAAUUGUUAACACACCACAUAAUCCAUUAGGCAAAGUAUUUGAUUAUGAAGAGUUAACAAUGAUUGCAGAUUUGGCUAAGAAACAUAAUGUACUCGUUAUUUCUGAUGAGGUAUAUGAAUGGUUGGUAUAUGAACCAGCUAAGCACAUAAGAAUGGCUACACUUCCUGAUAUGUGGGAAAGAACAAUUACAAUUGGAUCUGCUGGCAAAUCAUUUAGUAUGACUGGUUGGAAACUUGGAUGGGCAUAUGGUCCAUCUAAUCUUAUAAAAAAUUUAGUUGCUGUUCAUCAGACUGCAAUUUAUACAUGUGCAACGCCAGUUCAGGAGGCGAUUGCAAGAGGAUUUGAACAUGAAAUUAGUGUCUUUAAUACACCAGAAAGUUAUUUUCAAAAUUUAUGUAAAGAGUUAAGACCAAAAAUGCAUUUUAUGUCCACUGUAUUAAAAGAAUCUGGAUUUAAACCUGUUAUACCUGAAGGCGGUUACUUUUUAGUUUCCAAUUGGACAUCACUUGAACAUAAACUUGAUUUAAGUUCAGAAACUGAUAAGUACAAGGAUUUAAAAUUUACAAAAUGGCUUUCCAAAAAUGUUAAAUUUCAAAUAAUGCCAUUAUCAAUCUUUUUUUCUGAAAAAAGUAAACUAUUGGCUGAAGAUUACGUGCGUCUUUGUUUCUUUAAAAAAGAUGAAACUUUAAAGGAAGCAGAAAAAGUUUUAACUACAUGGACAAGAAAAUUAUCCUAAAACCCUGAAACCUUACUAAGCUUUAAAAUUCUUUGUGACGAUGAUUCUUGCGUAAAUAAUAUUUUAUAAAUUUUGUAAAUGUCAUUAUAUGAAUUGUAUUAUACUUUAUAA